GUGAAACUUAUGACUCGUUCAUUGAUAGACGACGAUAAGGCUAAUACUUUUAUGGUCCAAGGUUCUAGUCGAACCAGUCCUGAAGAUAAUGGUGUUCGGAAAUAUGUUGAAAAAGUUUCUUCUGUUUCUGGUGUAUCAAAAUCUGUGAUUGCUCUUGCCGGUGGGGAUCCCACUGGCCUGGAGAAUGUGUACCCACCAACAGUUGUAAGAGACAAGUUGGUAGAAGUUAUUCAUUCAUCCAACUAUAACUCGUAUUGUCCGUCUGGUGGUUUACCACAAGCCAGAGCAGCAGUUGCACGUUAUUAUGCUAACCAUAGUUCUGUUCCACUAAAGGCUGAAGAUGUGUUUAUCUGUUCUGGAGCAGCAGGAGCCCUUGACUUGGUAUUUGCUUCACUUUGCAAUGCAGGAGAUAGUUUGCUUCUUCCAGAGCCAGGAUUUCCCUUGUUUCGCUCUAUUGCAAAUGCCCUGAAUAUCGAAUGUCGCUAUUAUCAGUUAGAUCCCACCAACCAUUUUAGCAUACAGUUGGAUUCCAUUCGGAAAGCAAAGAAUGAACGUACCAAAGCCAUUGUAGUUAACAAUCCGCACAAUCCUUGUGGUCAUAUACUGUCCUCAGAUGAAAUGAAUGCUGUUGUCCACGUUGCCAAAGAAUUAAGGUUGCCUAUUAUUGCGGAUGAAGUUUACGAAGAGAUUAUUCUUGAUGAGGAGUCCAAAUUUAUUUCGUUUCUUUCUUUUGCCCGUGAAAUAUCCGUUUUGAAGAUAUCAAGUAUUAGUAAACUUUAUGUCGCUCCAGGUUGGAGAAUUGGAUGGUGUGUUAUAGGUGACAAGUCUGAUUCUUUGCAAGAUAUUCGUGCAGUAAUGAAAAGGUUAUCCAUGCGAUUGAUAUUUCCUUGUUCCCUUACUCAAGCAGUAUUACCAACUAUGCUAGAAAAUGCCAACCUACAACGACAGCAAGUUACUCGACUUAUUCGACAAAAUGCCUUUACGUUUCAGUCGAUCAUUCAAUCAGCACACAUUCAAGGACUCGAUGUUUCUAUCCCUGAAGCAGGAUUGUUUCUGUUUGUGAAACUGGACCCAAACAUGCUAACCACUAUCUCGGAUGAUGUCGAAUUUGUAGACCAUUUGUUACAAGAACAAGCGGUUGGUGUCGUUCCAGGGCAAGCUUUUGGUAUUAAAAAUUAUAUUCGAAUAGCACUUACCACAAGUAAAAGCAACAUGGAACAAGCUGCUUACAGAAUCAUUCACUUUUGUAAAGGCAAAUGUGCGUAAUAAAUACCACCAGUUGAUUUUUGAUAAGA